AGCCCUCUUCUCCCCACCUGCGGCGCCACGACUCCCCAAAGCCCAUCGGAGUCCGGAGUCCAUCCCCGGAGGCGAAGAUGGCGGACGUCAGCGGCGACGGCUUCGGGGGCCGGCGCCCGCUGGGGCUGCUGGCGAACGCGAGAAAGCGGAAAGACGGGUUCGUGCAGCUGUUCCUGAUGGCGGGCAUCUUCAUGAUGAGCCUGCGGUCCCUGGGCCAGAAGCACCGCCUCCGCGACCUCGCCGACGACGCCGCCGACCUCCGCCGCGAGCGCGACGACCUCUCCCUCCGCAUGCGCCGCCUCCAGGACGCGCUCCGCCGCGAAGCCGACGCCGACGCGUCCGGCGCCCUCGCGUCCCACCUCCGCCGCAUCUUCGCCGCACACCCCGCCCCGGCCACCGCCGCGGCGGAGGACCAGUAGGUCCCUUGCCCGCCACCCCCCCCCGCCCCCCAGAACCCUUCGCCCCCCGCCUUCUUGUUCCAUGAUGAUGUCUUUGUCUGCUCAGCCGUGAGGGCUUCGCGUGCGUUCUGCCGCCAGCGGACUCGCAACCCGUGGCAGCGCGUGCGACGUGUUUGUGGAAAUGCCGCACCGGAUUUGCAGCGAGCUGGCUGAAAUUGUUGCUACCUCGAGACACUGUUUUUUGAGACUUUAAACUUGUUCAUGUUUCAGAUCGCCCGAAGGUCAUUUACUUCCAUCCUGCUUCUGUUAAGCUGCUAUGGCGUUUGAGUUGUACCGUGUGCUUCGUGUACUGGCUCAGGAUUGCAUUGAUGCUAGAUCAGCUAUGUUAAUAUGUCAACGGCACAUAUGAUACAGUCACACAGGUUGGCUUCACACUCUGAUUUAGCAUGUCGAGUGCAUGCUAACCAGCUGAACUACUCGGGCAAUCUGCGCAUCCUAAAGUGCGGUUUGAGUAA